CGGCAGUUGAAGACUCGUGGUCCUCGUGGAGACUUGCUGAUCACUUGCUGAUCGGCAAGAGCUUGUCUUUGCUUGGUCGUUAGGUCUUCUCUCCUCCUGGUCUCCUGGCACAAUCACACGCGUGGUGCUUUACCAACUUCCAAAGAAACUGAAGACAACAUAGGACACAUGUCUAGUGGCGCCAGAUGUCUCGUCCAUCACCUCAAUGAAGUUUCCGCAUCUGCUCGUCGUGGCUUACACCAGCCAGGCUGACCCAUCGAGUUGGAACCCAUAGGUUUCCUCUGCUAGACCGCUUGAGUCCGACGCCUUUGCCGAUUCUAGGCACUGCCCAACUUGUCGUGGAGGAUGUAGGUCCGCAGCCGCGCUCCAGCGUGCUAUGCUUUGGGAAGAUGAUACACUCACCCUCCUUCGUAGGGUUCUCCUGUUGAUCACAACUAAGGUGUGUCUGUCAAUUCUUUAGCUCCGACAAUGGGCAGAAGCGCCUCCCGCCCCAUGGACUCUUCUUAGCCAUCGGACCAUCCUUUGGAGCCUCCAAUCCCUUCCAGACAGCGAUUUCCCGUGGCUUGAACCACGGCCGCUCUACUCCCUAGGCCGGAUCGGGGAGAGAAGUCCAGGUUUCAUGUCACCUCGGAGUGGCAUCGUGGGCUGAACGGUGAGAUCCGUUGAAGCCUUGAAUUCCUGUAUAAAGACGAUGAGAAUUCCAUCGACUGCAUGGCUUUUUGUUUUGGAUCAUCACUCUCAACUCCAAACAGCCCUCUCUCUCAACUUCUCAACUCCUCAGCUUCAACAACCGAGACACUCUCCAUUCCGCAGAAGUCAAGAUGAAGUUCUUCACCGGUCUCACUCUCCUGGCCUCCCUUGUGAGCGCCUCUCCCAUCGAGCUCGCACAGAGGGACACUGCGACUCCGCUCCAAGCCAACAUCACCAAGAACGGCAACACAGCAGUCAAGAUCGCCUUGAAGAACAUUAGCAAGAACGAUCUCAAGCUCUUCACUCCCGGUACCGUUUUGGACACGGCCGCCGUUGAGAAAGUCGCAGUCUUCAGUGGAGACGACCGCCUCCCCUUCGAUGGCGUCCGCCUACGCAUGGCACCUCAAAACCUCCUCACCGACGCCUCCUUCCGAACAAUCAAGGCCGGCGAGACAAUCGAAUCCGCCGUCGACUUUGCCGAGCUGCACGACCUGGGCGCGGCCGACGCCUUCAAAGUAAGAGUCAACGGCGGCAUCCCCUACGCCCAGGCCGGCUCGACCACCAUCGCCGGCGUCUUCAGCAUCGACAGCAACACGCUCAACAUCAACAACGUCAACGUCACAAAGGCCGCCCUCGUCCGCACCUCGUACAAGCAGAUGAUCAAGCGCACCAUUGUCCAGUCCGACUGCAAGGGCACCCAGAACACCACCGUCACCAACGCCCUCGCCAGCUGCUCCAAGCUCGCCCGCGCCGCCGCCGCCUACGUCUCCCAGGACGACAAGCGCCUGAACGAGUACUUCAAGUCGACGACCGCCGCCAGCAAGAAGAUUGUCGUCGACACCUUCAACAAGGUCGCCUCUGAGUGCGGCAGCCGUAACACGGGCGUCUCCAAGCAGUACUGCAGCGACGUCUACAAGUCUUGCUCGCCUGGUGUCCUGGCUUACACCGUCCCGGCUUACAAGUACAUGGUCAACUGCCCCCUGUACUUCACCGCGCUUCCUCUGCUCACCACUGGCUGCCACAACCAGGACCAGUCGACCACCACUCUGCACGAGAUGACUCACUUGCUCGAGGUCAAGGGAACACUGGACUAUGGCAUCUACGGCUACACUGCCUUGAAGACUCUCACGAGCGCUCAGAACCUCAACCACGCUGACACCUAUGCGGUCUAUGCCAAUGCUGUCAACCAGGGCAAGACUUGCUAGUCGCAACAAGGAAGUUGAGAGUUUUCGUACAUAUCGACCACAAAGACUACCCAGUUCUUCUGUGCAUAUUAUUCAACGGGACCGACUACGCUAGGAGUUUACACUGCUCCAUGUAUGGGCGCCGGUUUCUCUUAAUGGUUAAUUACUAGUAUCAGGGUUUGGGAUCGGGAAUUAGAGGGCAUUUAGAUCUGCCGUUUUCAAUCUUUUCCAUAGAAAUGAAAUCACG